UGUUGCUGGCAGCAUUGCCGUUCCAAGAAAACCCAUGAAAGUCGCCGGCUUUUAUAGGCAUGUUCGGAUCCACUACGAGCCACGUGUUUAAUGCGAAUGGUGCCAGGACUAUUUCUCGAGAGUUGACUUCCGCACAUGACACAAAAGAACUUGCAGCAGUCAUCCAACUUUGGCAGUACUCUCGGAAUUGACGCUAGAAGGGACUCUUGAGGAGCCGCAAAAUGAAAAUGUCGCCGUCACAACCUGAAACUCUGGCAGAUUUGUUGGGGUCAGACAGACAAGAUGCAUCCGAAUUGGGCUCAGAGGCUCGCGUUCCCACUGAGCCUCCAGAGUCCGAGUUCUCGCAAGCUCUUGAUGGUCCUUCCCAAUCUCGGGCGACAUCGGAGGACAGUUCUACUGCGCGCGAGAUCCAUGAAGCUCCUGCCUCCACCGAAGGAACGGUACCAACUCAAAGGCUUCAGUCGGUGACGUAAGAACCGACGUCGGAAGAAGUGAGGCCUACGCGACGCAGCCUGGGAUGCUGGCAGAUCUAUUGGGUCAGAG